UCAUGGCUUCGAAGAGCUUGCCGAUAUUUGCGGCACUACUGCUGCUCCAGGCCGUGUCCCGGAUCUCAGCCCGCGGGAUCCCGACCCCCAUGGCCACGGGCACCGCCGCACCCACCGGCGAGAUCAACGGCAUCAGCAUCUUCGCCACCGCCGUCGCGGAAGAAGACCGCAUGACCACCCCUUCCGCCCGCAUGUACGACGAGGAGCCGUCCGUCCGGGCGGAGAACAUCUACACCGGCCCGACCCAGAACCUGCUGGAGCAGCUGCUGGAGGGCUACUCCAUGGACCUAAGGCCCGGCAUCGGAGGGCCGCCGGUUGACAUAGACGUGGGUUUUGCGGUACAAAGCAUCGAUCAGGUUUCAGAGAUCAACAUGGAGUACACCAUGACCAUGAUGCUGAGCCAAAGCUGGAUUGACCCCCGAUUGGCUUUCAACUCCAGCUCUGUGUCCGAGAUCCCGCUGGCUGGAGCCACAGCGGAGAAGAUUUGGAUUCCCGACACCUUCAUCUUGAAUGAUAAGAAGUCCUUCAAACACACCGUGACUGCCCACAACAGGCUGUUGAGACUGUCCUCCGACGGAAAAGUUCUGUAUAACGUUAGAAUUACCACGACCGCAGAGUGUAAGAUGCGACUGAAGAAGUUCCCGCUUGACACGCAGACUUGCACCCUGGAACUGGGGAGCUACGGGUACGCGAACCGAGACGUGGCGUACCAUUGGAGAACAGACCAGGAACCUGUGCGCGGCAUGACAGACGUGGAGCUGGCCAAGUAUUCUAUAGUGAGGUUCGAUACUCUUACAGGAAACGUCACCAGGGAUACAGGCGAUUAUUCUAGCCUGAGAAUGACCUUCAAGAUGGAACGGAACUUCAUCUACUUCAUGAUCAGGACGUUCUUCCCGUGCGUGCUGGUGGUGGUCUUGUCAUGGGUGUCGUUCUUUGUUCACCACGACGCCGUGCCCGCCAGGGUCGGGUUGGGAAUCACCACGGUGCUGACGAUGCAGACGCUGAUGUCAGGCGUGAACGCGUCGCUGCCGCAGAACGCCGAGAUCAAAGCCAUAGACGUCUACCUUCUGGGCUGUUACGUCUUCGUCUUCGGCGCCUUGCUGGAAUACGCACUGGCGCACAACCUCUAUCGGGGCACGAAGGCGGCGGCUUUGAAGGCUGCCACGGCGCCAGUCGCACCGGAAGGCGGCGGGAAGCACGGUAAGAAGAAGGGGAAGGGCAGCUCCUGCUCGGAGAACGGCGCGGCGAGUGGACAGAGCCAGGCUGCUGCCGCCGCCGUGCUGGCCAAGCUCUCUACGGGAAACUCGUCUGUUGCAGAAUGCCACCCUGUGUUUCGGGCCAUAUUUGACGAUGCGACUGACGUGGACAGACACGCCCGUUGGCUGUUUCCUGUGGCGUUCGCCCUGCUGAACGUCGUGUACUACGUGGUGUACUACUACCUGCCGGAGAAUGACAUAGCGUCCCUUUUUACACAAUAUUAAGAGCCACAUGUCAGGCAGGCACGCAGGGCAUCACACGUCACCCAUCUCAUGUACACCUCAUGAUCGUAGUAUGACAUUCCAAUCCAUGUCACGUGUUCACCUCGUGAUCAGAGCAUGACAUUUCAUCUCAUUUCACGUGUUCAGAGCAUGACACUUCAUCUUACCGUGCAUGCCGGUUACCUCGUGAUCACCGAGAGUGGUCUCUGUCGCACACAGGAAAAUUAUUUGCAUAUGGAAUAUGUAGUGGCUAGUUAAAAAGAACAGGCAAUAUCACAAUCCAAACUAUCCAUGUGCAGUCGUGAUGUAUUGUAGUACUUGCGCAAGGUCAAAGUUUAAGGCCCUUGACUAAUACAAACCGUUCUUUAAAUCAUUACAAGCGAUGGCAUCAAACUUUGACCCUAGCCCACAAUGCAUGACGACUGCGCAUGCGUGCUAGGAACUGUGAUCUGGCUUAUCAUCAAAGAAGUAGCUUUCGAUGCUUUGAUGCAUUUCGUUAUCCUUCCAUAUUGUGUGUAUGCAUGGGAACAAUAACAUACAUGUUUAUCAAAGUUUACGGACCAAAACAUGCCUCAAAAGUCGGCAUUUAGGAAAAGAGGCUAAUAUUCUGCUGGAUCCCAUGACAGCCAUGACG